AUGGCGGCAACGACGCCUGCUCGUUCCAACGCUGAAGGAACGCCAAAGGCUCCGCCACCUAGCUUCCAUCCUAGCCUCUGGGGUGAUUUCUUCCUCACUUACCAGCCACCCACUGCUCCGAAGCAUGCAUGCAUGAGAGAAAAGGCUGACGUGUCAACAGAAGAGGUUAGGAAGAUAGUAAAGAGCACAAAUGAAUUACCCAAAAUGUUGGAUCUCAUAAUCACGUUACAACGACUCGGGUUAGAUAUUUACUAUGAGAAUGAGAUCAACGAGCUGCUGCACAUUAUUUACAACUCUGAUAUCAGAGGUGAAGAUCUACAUUUUGUUUCGCUUCGAUUUUAUCUUCUGCGGAAGAACGGUUAUGAUGUAUCUGCUGAUGUAUUCCUUGGUUUCAAAGAUGAUGAAGGUAAUUUUGUGGUCAACAAUACAAGAAGUAUUUUGAGCCUCUAUGAUGCAGCAUACCUUAGGACACAUGGAGAAAAAGUGCUCGAUGAAGCCAUAAAAUUCACUACAAGCCACCUUGAAGCCCUUGAAGCUCCUCUUUUCCGAAGAGCUCGCAUUGUAGAAAUGAGAAACUACAUCCCUAUAUAUGAGAAUGAUCCUACAAAAAAUGAAUCCAUAUUGGAGUUUGCAAAGUUGAAUUUCAAUCUUCUGCAACUUCUUUAUUGUGAGGAGUUAAACAAUAUAACACUUUGGUGGAAGGAGCUCCAUGACGAAUCAAAGUUAGGCUUUUCUAGAGAUAGAAUAGUGGAGAUGUAUUUUUGGAUGAACGGAGCAUGUUAUGAACCUCAAUAUUCUCAUUCCCGGAUAAUACUUACAAAGAUGACAGCAUUUAUGACCAUACUGGAUGAUAUCUUUGACACAUAUGGCACCACCGAAGAGAGCAUGCAACUUGCUGAAGCAAUUAACAGGUGGGAUGAAAGCGCAACAGAACUACUUCCGUCAUACAUCAAGAGUUUCUACUUAUAUCUAUUGAAGACAUUUCGUUCAUUUGAGGAUGAACUAGGACCUGGGAAGAGACACCAUGUACUUUAUCUGAAAGAAGCGUUGACGCGAUUAGUUCAGGCAUACACGAAGGAGUUAAAAUGGCGUGAUGAAAAUUAUGUGCCAAAAACGCUGGAUGAACAUCUUGAGGUCUCAGCGAGAAGCAGUGGAGGAUUUACAUUAACUUCUGCUUCAUUAUUUGCUGGAGUAGGUGACAUAGUUUCGAAUGACACUUUCGAGUGGGUUUUGAGUUAUCCACAACUUUUCAAGUCAUUUGAUAUGUUUGUACGGUUCUCCAAUGAUAUUGUAUCAAGCCAGCGUGAGCAAACUGGAGACCACUACGUCUCUACGAUCCAGUGCUACAUGGAGGAGCACGGCGCAACUAUCCACGACGCGCGCGAGAAGAUCAAAGAGCUCGUCGAGAACUCGUGGAAGGACAUGGUGCGAUACUGCGUCGAGCCAACAAAGCAGCAGCCGCUGGCCGUGCCGCGAACGGUCGUCAACUUCGCGAGGACGGUGAACAACAUGUACAAGCAUGGCGACGCCUUCACUUCCUCGCACGACAUCAAGGGAAUGAUCACGUUGCUUUACGUGGAACCAGUUUGUUAA